AGCCGAGAUCCAACAAAUGAUCCAACAAUUAAUAUGGGAUUUUUCUGGAACAUUAUUAUAUAACCAUGGCAAAUUGAAAGGGUCGAUAUAGUUGGUUUUUGUUGUUACUAAUCAGUGUAAAAUGAGUACAAUAAGUUCAUCUGGAUCAAACGUAAGACAAAGGAAAGCUACUGAAAUGCUGGGUUCCCAAACCACCACCACAAACUCACAAACAGUUCGAAAAUUAUCAUUUUAUCAUGAAUUAGAUGAAUGGCAACAAGAUAAUCAUUUCAUACUUUCAGGAUACGUUAAGGAAACUAGCUCUUAUAAGGAAUGUUUCGAAUCCCUCUUUUAUGUUCAUAAUGAAACCGUUAAUAUCUAUAGUCAUUUGUUACCGGCAUCUAGUGUAUUUUGGACUAUAUUAUACUAUAUUAAUUUUCAAUUAGAGAUAUAUCCAAAUUAUCUUGGAGUUUGGGAAAAGUUAAAUUUCUUACAAUUUGGAGCUGCUUGUACAUUCUGUCUUUUCAUGUCAUCCACUUUCCAUUGUCUCAAGAGUCAUUCUCAUAAAAUCAGUAAAUUUGGAAAUCAACUUGAUUAUUUCGGGAUUGUGAUCUUGAUUACUUGUUCUUUGAUUUCUAUCAUUGAAUUUGGAUUCUAUGAUCAUCCUUAUUAUAGAGAUUUCUUCGUCACAUUGUUCUUGGUCUUAGGAUCUAUCUGUACGAUUUUAACCCUUGCUCCUAAGUUUUCUUCAGCUCAAUAUCGUCCAUUAAGAUCAUUGAUGUUUGUGUUAUUUGGCUUAUCAGGGACAUUUCCUAUCAUCUCGGCCAUACAAUUAUUUGGCUAUAAAGCUGCUGCUGAAAGAUGUAAUAUAAAUUAUUUGAUAUGGGAAGGAGUUUUUUAUAUAUCUGGAGCUGUCUUAUAUGCCAUGAGAGUUCCUGAACGAUUCACUCAUAUUGAACAAGAUGAAACAAGUCUACUAGAGAAUGCAGCAGUGGGAAAAUUCGAUAUUGUCGGUCAUUCACAUCAAAUUUUCCAUGUGUUUGUGGUUAUAGCAGCGUAUUGUCAUUGGUUGGCUUUAGUGGGAUGUUAUCAUUAUUUACAUAAGGAGAUCCUUCCAUCUAUGUAGUUAGAUAGAGUAGGUAUAAAGUUUUUAAUAUAAAAGGUUUAAUUGGUUUUGCAAUUUUAAAAGAGUGUAUAUCGAAACGCGCAAAUCUAAAUCAGAUAAUUUUCAGAGCGUACACAAAUAUCAUUUCCUUUCUAUCAACAUUCAACGAUGUAUACCAAUCUAGUGAUCCUUCCAUGUCAUGCUAUAUGGAAAGGUGGUGUCGAGUUGGG